AGAAGUAAAUAUUAGUAAUCAACCCUAGUCAUAAUAUUAUAUAUGGGAAGUGAGUGUGACAAUAUUCCACAAAAAGUUUAAUGUUUCUUCAAAGAAGAACUGUAUCAAGAACUGGUAUUUUAAAAACAAAACGAUGUUUUUUAAUAUCUUGUGCAAGUUAAUUAUAUAUUAAAUGGUACAAUGCAAAUUCUAAGGCUAUCUCCAUUAUAUGGCUUAGCUGCAAUAUUGUUAAUAUUUUGGUGCGGUACAUGGUUUGUUCACAUAUUAGCAAUAUGUUAUGGAAAAUAUAAACUUAAUAAAAAGGUUUGCAAAUUUCCUACAGAAACUCCUCUAACUGCAGUUUCAAUUAUUAAGCCACUUAUGGGUGUAGAUCCAAAUUUAGAACAUAACCUUGAAACAUUUUUUACAAUGGAUUAUCCUGUGUAUGAAUUGCUUUUUUGUAUCGAGGAUAAGGACGAUCCAGCUACAAUAGUGGUACAAGGCUUAAUGAGCAAAUAUCCAAAAGUAGAUGCUUCGCUUUUUAUUGGUAGUUCGAAUGUUGGCGUAAAUCCGAAAAUUAAUAAUAUGCAACCAGCUUACGUAGCCGCUAAAUUUGAAUUCAUCAUGAUAUCGGAUAGUGGAAUAAAAAUGCGAAGUGAUACUUUACUAGAUAUGGUUAAUAAUAUGACAGAAGGGUAUGCAUUAGUUCAUCAAAUGCCUUUCACAUGUGAUCGUGAAGGUUUUGCAGCAACUUUUGAAAAGAUAUACUUUGGUACAGUGCAGUCCAGAAUUUAUUUAUCAGCUGAUUUGCUUGGUAUAAACUGUCAUACAGGAAUGUCCUGCUUGUUGCGUAAACCAGUUAUUGAUCAACUCGGGGGACUUCAAACAUUUGGUUGUUAUUUAGCAGAGGAUUUUUUUAUUGCCAAAGCUAUAGUAAAAAGCGGGUGGAAAAUGCGUAUAAGUAACCAACCAGCUUUACAAAAUAGUGGUUUUUGUGAUAUUAAAAGUUUCCAAGCUCGCCUUAUACGUUGGGCUAAAUUGCGUGUUGCCAUGGUACCAACAACUAUUUUACUCGAACCUCUUUCAGAAUGUAUGAUCUUAGGCGCUUUUGCUUCUUGGGCAGCAUCACUUUUAUUUAGCUGGGAUCCUUUGGUGUUUUAUUUGGUGCACAUUCUAACGUGGUUGUUAUCAGAUUGGAUAUUACUUUCAAUAGUGCAGCAUGGCUCAUUAACAAUUCACAAGUUUGAGUUUGUUGUGGGUUGGUUAUUUCGUGAACUUAGUGGACCUUACUUGUUUCUCAACGCUUUGUGGAGUCCAGCAAUCCGAUGGCGUACUAGAACAUAUAAACUGCAAUGGGGCGGAAUAGCUUAUGAGCUGCCAGCCAACACAAAUUUAAGUACGAAACGCUUAAUACCAUCGUAGCAUUUAAUAUUCAUUAUUUGAUAAAUAAACUAGUUUGGAGUGUAUAUGAAAAAUAUUUAGACUUAGAUAGAAUUUGUAAAUUUGUUACUUGAAGUAAAUUAAAGUGGUAUUAUUAUAUAAGCUUAUUAUCGCAUACUUUUUUAAUUUGAUUUACAUACAAAUUUAUCUUAAAAAUGCAUUUUGUAAAGUAAAAACAUUUAUAACAAAUUAUUAACAGCACUAUAUACAUACUCAAAUUAAUGGAUUUAUGUAUUUAAUUUUAUUUGUAAAUAUAGGGUGCAUAUCAAAAAGAAAAUAAAAUAAAUAAUAAUAAUUGUAUAUACAUAC